CGUAAAAGUUGGGGCUCGUUGCAUACCACUCAGUUAAGAGUUAAAUCACCUACGGGGAGGGCUUGGCCGCUUACAGGGUUAUAUGCUCGACUUUAGUCAGUUAGGUGGACUACAACCAUGGCGUACGGAACAAGCUAUGGAGUUUUGAUGGUAGUGUUAACAGUCGCCCAGCCUCUGGUAAAUGCAGCAAGUCAAACAGUGAACCAGGACCUGUCAAACAUUCUGAAUGAGCUGUGGAAGUUGGAUAAGAACCGCUUGUCACCAGGGACAGACUACACCAUUGAUCUGCAGGGCAAAGCAGGCUAUGUUACCCAAGGAAGCACCUAUGCAAGGGAUUAUGCUGCAAAACCUCUCUUCUCCUCAGUUGAUGAGGAUAAGCUUAACAGCAUAACCACUUAUGCCCGCUUCAUUAAGCUGCUGGAUAACUAUGAGAUGGCCACAGGCACAGCUGAGAUGGUCACAACAGAGGAGGUCACAGAGAACAACGAGUUCCUAGACGCCAUCUUGGAGACUGAAGUGAUGAAGCGAGCACACACAUACCUGGUGGGGAAAGGGCAGGCACGGGCUAGCCUGAAGCAGUUCAAGACGGAUCUGUAUGAAAUAUGGUUCCGUGUCUAUCACAGAGACCGCAAUGGGGGGGCUGACUCCAGUGGAUUUGAGCAUGUGUUUGUUGGAGAGAGCAAAUUUGGCAGAGAGAUCAUGGGCCUCCACAACUGGGUCCAGUACUACUUGCAGGAGAAACACAAGCACCUCGACUACAAGGGAUACAAAGCCUCAUACAAUGAUCUGCCGGACUCAGAUGACCAUGUCCUGAACACACAGUUCAGCUGGCAUGGCCUGAUCAAGCCAGUGGGGAGCGCCUUCGUCGGGGUCAGCCCUGAGUUUGAGGUGGCCAUCUUCACCAUCCUCUUCCUCACCUCCACAACAAAGUCCUCCACGGCUGUGGUGAACCUGGAUGAGUACCAGCUGGAGCUGGUGGUGUACAGGCACGGUCGCUCCAUUGGCACUGCCUACCCAAAGCUGCUGAGCAGCAACAAGAGGCACCUGUAGAGGGUGCCCAUACUGCACCUGUUGAACCACACAUAUUUAACUACAGCACUGCCUAUGCUCUCUGCUCUGUUACUCAUCUGUAAAGCAAUGCUCACUAUGUCUGAGACCCAGCUGAAUUUAAAUAAUUAGGUUAUGGUUUCAUGGUGAUGUUGAAAUACAGGGCUUAAGAAGAUCUUAAAAUCUUUUGAAAUGUGAUUGUUUUUUUUUUUAUCAAUAGUGGAUUUGUAUCUGUCAUGUCUGUUGCUUCUUGCAAGAUGUUCUUGAGAUAGCCUGCACUGUCAGCUGUGUCAGCAGUACAUUUAUGCAACCAGGCUUUUCUGUUUUUAGGGUAAAUGGUAACUGUUAAAAAACAGUGUAUAUCCUGUUGCUUUUAGUAACAUUGCAUAUAGUUUGGCUUAAGGUGAAUAAACAUUUUGUUUACAA